GGUAGGGCAUGCACCCACUCCCUCUUCCUCCUCAUGGGACUCCUCUCUCUGCAUCGCUCUCCCUUUGCCACUCUUGCCUUUCUGAUUUGCCAUGCUUCAAGUGUAAGAAGUAGUGCUUGCUUCCUUCCUUCUCUUUGACGGUGUGUGAUCGACUGGGACCUGGACUGUGUUGCUGCUACAGCAUGGCGGGUCAAGGUUUUUUCCAAGAUAUUUUUGACGGAGAGGCUUUCAAAUACUACGCCGAUGGAGAAUGGAAGGUGUCUUCUUCGAGGGCGUCUGUGAGCAUUACUAAUCCUUCCACAUUGAAGACGCAAUUCAAAGUGCAAGCCUGCACUCAAGAUGAAGUGAACAAGGCUAUUGAGAGUGCCGAAAGUGCUCAAAAACUCUGGGCUAAGACACCGUUGUGGAAGAGAGCUGAAGCGCUUCACAAGUUCGCUGGGAUUCUCAAGGAUCAGAAAAACGCCAUCGCGGAUGUGCUUGUGAAGGAGAUUGCAAAGCCCCUCAAGGAUGCCGUUACUGAGGUGGUCCGAUCUGGUGAUCUUGUUUCAUACUCGGCAGAGGAAGGCAUUAGACUUCUGGCUGAGGGCAAGUUCUUGGUAUCUGAUAGCUUCCCAGGAAAUGGCAGAAAUAAAUAUUGUCUUGCGUCUAAGAUUCCCAUUGGCGUGGUUCUUGCGAUUCCCCCAUUCAACUAUCCUAUAAAUCUGGCUGUGUCUAAAAUCGCCCCAGCUCUAAUUGCUGGCAAUGCUGUAGUUCUAAAACCUCCUACGCAGGGCGCCGUUGCCGCCUUGCACAUUGUGCAUUGCAUUCAUCUGGCUGGGUUUCCGAAGGGGCUGGUUGCUGCUAUCACAGGAAAAGGGUCUGAGAUUGGAGAUCUGCUUACUAUGCAUCCAGGAAUUAAUUGCAUAAGUUUCACAGGAGGUGACACUGGCAUUGCGAUCUCAAGAAAAGCUGGCAUGAUUCCACUUCAGAUGGAGCUUGGAGGGAAGGAUUGCUGUAUAGUACUUGAAGAUGCUGAUCUGGAGCUUGCUGCUAACAACGUGAUCAAGGGUGGAUACUCCUACAGCGGACAGCGGUGCACAGCAAUCAAGGUGAUAUGUGUUAUGGAAUCAGUUGCGGAGGAGCUAGUGCAGAAGAUUGUUCAAAGAAUAUCAAAGCUUAAAGUUGGAAUGCCUGAAGAUAACUGUGAUAUUACUCCAGUUGUUAGCCAGUCAUCAGCUAACUUCAUCCAGGGUCUUGUGGAGGAUGCCCAAAAGAAGGGUGCUAAAUUCCAUCAGGAAUGGAAGAGAGAAGGAAACUUGAUCUGGCCUAUUCUUAUUGACCACGUGACACCCGAUAUGAGAAUUGCGUGGGAGGAGCCUUUUGGACCAGUGAUCCCAGUUAUCCGAAUCAAGACUGUAGAAGAGGGCAUUCAUCACUGCAACGCAAACAACUUCGCUCUUCAGGGAUGUAUCUUCACUAAAGAUAUCAACAAGGCAAUAUUAAUCAGCAAUGCUAUGGAGUCCGGAACCAUUCAAAUCAACGCAGCACCUGCGAGAGGACCUGAUCAUUUCCCUUUCCAGGGCUUGCGAGACAGCGGUAUUGGUUCUCAAGGAAUCACUAAUAGCAUCAUCAUGAUGACGAAGACAAAGAGCACGGUCAUCAAUCUACCAGUUGAAUCCUACACAAUGGGCUAGAUCAUCAGAAGCCCUGUCGUCUCAGAUGGUCCUCCAAGUUUCAAAGAGGGAUCUUAACACCACAGAGCAGGCUGCUAAUUGAAGGAAUGAAUCGGGUCUCUGAAAGGAUCUGGGGCACCUUAUCAGAGGAUUGGAUUGCGAUGGGGAGUUAUUCGUGGAUCACCUGGUCAAGUUACUGACCAUAAUAUAUGUUAAUUUUAGAUCAUUUGUACAUUCAGACUCCUUCAGUGGUAAGAGGGUAGGACAUGCAAACAGGAGGUUCGUGAAGGCGCUAUGAGGUGGAACGAGGAAUGAAUUAUAUAUCUUUGAGAGAUGAACAUUCUGGAGCUGUUGGUGUAAUUAGUUCCCACUUGUUUAUACUCAUCCGAAUCAUCCUUGUGCGCCUGGUGCAUUAUUCUCCAGCCGAUCUA